AUGGUAAAUAUGAUACGCUGUGCCAUCUGCAUAAGACUAUUUGUUGAGACUGAGAUUUUAAUGCGACCAACAAGAAAGAGAUUCCGAGCUAAUUCCUUAUUUGGAAGUCGACCGGUCUUAUAUGAUGCCUAUCGGACAGUUUGUAGCGAUUAUGUUUACUAUAAUGUUUAUGAGGAAAAUGGCUUAGCCCGUAGUAUUUCUGCCCCUAAUCUAGGCCGAGUAGCUGAAUUGGGUCCAUCUGAUCCACCUAUUCUUAGCUCUUCCGAUCUAUUCAGUACAACCCAAUUAUUAGCUACUCUUAGCCAAACACCCAAUUCCCACCUCUUUAUCGGUCGUAACCAAGGCAACAACUCUUUACUAGUGGUCAAACUAAUUGAUGGCAGUAGUAAGGCCGGCCGAACAACUAUUAAUAACGAAUUAAGGUACCUUAAAACCAAUACUAAACACCCCAAUCUGAUUGAGUACUACGGCCAAAGAACUAUUAACCAAAUUACAAUGAUUUAUCAGGAAUACUUCCAUAGUGUUGAUCUUUUCACUCUCCUUCAGCAGUGCAAACGACUAGCUAGUCCAAUUAUCAGUAAGAUAUUCAAGCAACUAGUCUCUGCCAUCUCUUACCUCCACAAGCAAAGAAUAUGUCAUUUAGAUAUCAAAUUAGAGAAUAUUCUUAUCAACAAACACUCACAAAUCAAAAUAACCGAUUUUGGUAUGGCCCAAAUAGCUCUUAAAAAUGGCCAAGUCGAAGCUUAUGGUGGAUCUCUUUACUAUGCCGCCCCAGAAGCCAUUACCGGUGGUAUUUACAACGGAUUUCUAGCCGAUGCUUGGUCUUGUGGGAUUGUUGUCUUCGUGCUUGCUAAUGGUUACUUUCCCAAACAAGCCAAUCGAUCUAUUCAUUUACCAAAUACCCCUGCUUUUGUCAAACAAGCCACAAAUUAUCUCCUUGAGAUAGAUCCGGGGAAAAGAUCACCAAUCUCUCGCUUCCAAAGCGAGCAUAAAAAGAUCCAAUAG